AUGGUUAACCCACUGCCCUACCCCGUUUCAAUUUCCUCCAUGGGAAAAGACCACCUCCCUACCUUCCCAACCAUCGACAAAUGCCCGUCCAUCGGACGAGAAAAGCACACUGUUGUCGCGGACAUGGACGGGACUCUUCUCCGCGGACGGAGCUCAUUUCCGUACUUCGCCCUCGUGGCUUUCGAAGUUGGCGGCAUUUUGAGGCUUCUUUUUCUGCUCUUGGCCUCACCGCUUGCCGGCGUCCUCUACUACUUCGUCUCUGAGUCCGCCGGCAUACGUGUACUCGUGUUCGCGACUUUCGCGGGCAUGAAAGUAGCGGACAUUGAGUCCGUGGCACGCGCCGUGCUGCCGAAAUUCUACUCCACUGACUUACACUCCCAAUCAUGGAGAGUAUUCUCGUCGUGCGGGAAACGCUGUGUUUUGACGGCCAACCCGAGAAUCAUGGUGGAGGGGUUUUUGAAGGAGUUUUUGGGCGCUGACAUGGUUCUCGGGACAGAGAUUGCCACGUACAGAGGUAGAGCUACCGGCUUUGUCCUAAACCCUGGGAUUCUUGUCGGAAACAACAAAGCCGACGCGCUUAGAAAAGCGUUUGUUUCCGACGCUCCGGAUAUCGGACUCGGUGACCGAAAAACUGACUUUCCGUUCAUGAAGCUGUGCAAAGAGAGCUACGUUGUUCCGGCUAAGCCGGAAGUUGAGCCGGUGAGCCACGAAAAAUUACCGAAGCCUAUAGUGUUCCACGACGGCCGGCUCGCUUCGAAACUAACUCCGUUGAUGGCUUUGCUCACCAUUCUUUGGAUUCCGGUCGGUUUCGUUUUGGCUUGCUUACGUAUUGCUGCCGGUUCAUUGCUUCCUAUGCCGGUCGUGUACUAUGCCUUUUGGGCUUUGGGUGUUAGGGUUUAUAUCAAGGGCACCCCACCACCUCCAGCUAAGAAGUCAACGGGUCAAACCGGAGUUCUCUUCAUUUGCUCACACCGAACCCUACUCGAUCCCAUUUUCCUCUCCACCGCUCUCGGGCGUCCGAUCCCAGCAGUCACAUACUCUCUCUCGCGUCUCUCAGAGAUAAUCUCGCCAAUCAAAACCGUCCGGCUAACCCGGGACCGGGUUGCCGACGCCAACAUGAUCAAGAAGCUUCUAGAACAAGGUGACCUAGUCAUAUGCCCCGAGGGCACAACAUGCCGAGAACCCUUUCUGCUGCGGUUCUCUGCGUUGUUUGCCGAGCUCACGGACGAGCUCGUCCCCGUGGCGAUGGCAAAUCGGAUGAGCAUGUUCCAUGGAACCACCGCGAGGGGGUGGAAGGGGAUGGACCCGUUUUACUUCUUCAUGAACCCUAGCCCUGCUUAUGAAGUAACGUUUUUGAACAAGUUGCCUAGCGAGUUAACUUGCGGAGCAGGCAAGUCGAGCCAUGAUGUGGCGAACUAUAUACAAAGGACUAUCGCGGCGAGCUUGUCGUACGAGUGCACAACGUUCACGAGGAAAGACAAGUACAGAGCUCUGGCCGGGAAUGAUGGCACGGUGGCGGAGAAACCAGCUGCUAAUGCCAAAAAAAUUAUGGGGUGCUAG